AUGAUGGGUCCGCAGGCGUCACAGGAUAUACCUGAAGCAUUUCGCCUCUUGGAUACCGAUCGAUCGGGUACAAUUGACAUUGGUGAAUUGGCUGCUUUCAUGCCCGUUAUUCGACCAGAAGCUACUCCGUACAUGCUUCUUCAUCAUGUUGAGAAAGUGGACAAAAAUGGUGACUACAAACUAAACUAUGACGAAUUUAACGCUCUGGUUUUGGCCGGAGUGGGACGAGACAUCGUACUCGGACGUCUCUGA